AAAGGGCUGUAUUGGAAUGGCUUCAUACAGUAUCUACGUGUAUAUCAUUGACUGUAUUGUCUUUUUAGGCCAAGAGGACCAAGAGAAACAAAGUGGAGCAGACCACUGAUGCAGGUCCCUCUACAUCUGUGGAAUUCUCUGGGAUGGCAGUUCAGGGGACAUCUCACCAGGGACAAUCUAAUGAGAAGAUCCUAAGUGAGUGUGUCUCCAGGGCCUGUCAGACCAGGGCUCUUGACCUCCCGCCAAUCGAUCCGGAUGCUUUCAACCCGAUUAUCAUCCGGUUUCUGGAAAAACUUACUGAGGAGCAAUGGAGGCAGUUAAGCAUUGGCAGGAUGGACCCUGUGAUGAGGGCAUUGCUUGCAGAGAUGUGCCUGGAGAUUGUGCGGUUUGUAUCUGAGGCCAUCCUGGAGGUCAUCAUCCCUGCAAUUUUCCGUUUUGUACGGAUAUACAGCCAUGUGUCUCCAGUAUCCAGCAAGUCUCUGACAGAAUCAGAGAGAUCCUCUAGCACAAACCUGAAGGUUCGCAAGAGAGGCAGCAGCAAAUCCUCAAGGUGUUGCACGGCCAAAUCAAGCUCCUCACGUAAUGGGUCUCAGACAGUGUUGCCAAAUACUCAGGGAGAUGGUGAGUCUAUAUCAUCUGAGCCACUCAGGGACUUUUUUGGGAUCACUGAGGACAGUCUCCUCACUGGUGUCCAGGAUUCCUUCAAAGAGUCGCUGAACAAUGUCCUCUGUAUCCAAAGAGAGGACCAGGUAGACACUCAAAGUCUAUCCCGGGUUAUUGUUGGAGAAGUGUCAAAGAAGGUCAAUUCCAUAAUCUCUGUGGCCAUCCAAACUCCCAUCUCUGGCCGAAUGUCCCCUGUUAUUUUUGCCAGUGGUGGUGUCUCCAGAACCAAGGUUGUUGAGGAGAUGGUGUCUGGCGUUUCCAACAUACUUCAGAUGUAUAUUAAUGGGAAGAGUGUUGAGCAGAUUGUUGUUCUCAGAGAGGAUGGUGUUGAGGUGGAUAUGACACAUUUAACAGGACAGGUCAUGACAGCCCUCAGUGGCACUGUUUUGAACUUCAGCAAUAAGGAAGAAAAUGACCCCGACAAGAGGGAACUGCUUUGUGUUGUUGCUGACCAUAUGAAGAUGCUUGAAGCUUGUAAAAGUCCUGAGGAGAUGCUAAAACAAGGAGAGAGCAACCUCAAUAUCAAAGGUGCCAAAUCUAGUCUUCGUCUGUCAACACAAAGUAUGGAUAGACUACUCACUGAGGAGUUUCAGACCAAGGCCACUGAAUCGAUCCGGGAGAUUGUUAAAAGAUUCAGGGGUUGUACAUCAUGUUGUUCUGGCACUACAUCAUCUUGUCCAACUCCUAGGAUAGGUGAGAUCAGAGACCUUAUGAUUGACCCUGAGGCCUCUGAGUUGGUAAGUACCUUUGUUUCAGACAUGGACAAUCUUACCCAGUCUAUCAGGGCAUCCUGCUCUCCUGCACAGAGUGAGCAGAUCCUUCUUGAAAACCAUCAGAGUAAGAUCUGGUCUUACACUGUUGGCUGUUACUACGACAUGAAAAAUACGCUGAAGAGGAUUCUUACCUGUCCAGAAAAAGGGUAUCUCGCAAGUACAUUUGUGGAGAGCACAAAAGAUUAUUUCACAAUGGUUCCAACUUUGUGCCUAGACAUCGGUCAUUCCAGUAAUGGUGAGGCUGACACAUCGGACUCCAUUUCUUGUAAACCACUUUUAAUAACCCCCUCAUCUAUGAAUGAACAAAAAGGACAAAGUGAGACCCCAAAACCUCUCUUGGCUCUCAAAAAGUAUUUGCAAGACCAAGUCCUCCUUGACACCACAAAAGCGAUUGCCAGCCAGGUUCUUGUCUUGUAUAAGACUGAGGUGAUGGAGAAGUUCUCAUCUUCUGUUGGAGAGUGUGAUUCUGAAGAGUCUCUGGAGGCCAUUCUAUUUGUGGAUGGCAUCAUGUCUGACUUGAAUGAUUUCACCAGUUCGUGUUCCCCCUCACCAUCUGAGUUGUUAGACAGUGAACAAUGUCUCUCCCAUCUCACUUUUCCACUUGGUCUGCAGGACAGCACCACCAACAGUGAAUCUACCCUGAGUCUUCCAGUUAUAAAUAUGAAGAAACUCUCCAGUGUGUCUUUCCAGACAAAGGCUAGAAAGGCAGUGAGCGAAGCUCUGAGAUCUGUCAACCCCUUUACAAACAGCUUACUGGGAGACUCUGAAGCAUCUAAAUUGCUGGACACUUUUGCAACAGAUGUGGAGACUGUUGUUCAGUCCAUGCAGGCACAUGAAUCUGAAAAUUUCAAAAUUUCAAAAGUGAGCACCCUUUCUGCUGCUCGUAUUAUAUAUCAUAGAUUUCGAGAAAUGCUGAGGCGUUUUCUCACUCCCUGCCAAGACUCUGUAAAGGUCAUCGAUGGUGUUACACCAAUACAUGAUGAGACUCUCAAACAGGCUCCUAGUGAAAGUUUAGAUUCUCAGGUGACUUGUAAUAGGGAUUCUCUUGAAAUCCAAGUGGACCUUCAAACCUGUACCAAGGAGGUCAACAGUCAGAUCCUGACUGUGUAUCACUCUGAGGAAUCCAUGGAGGAAUGCCUCUCUAGCCUAAAAGGAGAUACAGAAGACCUGUCCAAGUUUUUGGAUGCCGUUGUUUCUCAGAUUGACGUCCUUGCCGCCUCCAAAUCAUAUUUAUAUGUUGAUGACUAUGCUGUCAAUACACAGGACAAUUUGCAUGGUGAGAUCAACAAUGAUGAGGAGGAGGCAUCCUCUAGAAGUCUUAAAUCCACAGCCUUUGACAAACUAUGUACUGAUGAGUUUCAAACUAAAGCCUCACAUAUGGCUGGUGGGAUCCUUCAAUCAGGGUUAAUUGGCAUUGUAAAUACCAGCCUUGAUGGUAGAAGUGCAGACAUUUGCGCAGAGUCCAGUAACGAUGGUGAUGAUAGAGAUGUCAAAAUCCUUCAGAAGAGUGGAACUCCACCUUUGUUCACCUCUUCUCUGCACACCAAUUCUGCAGCAUCCAACAUCGUCAUAAGCAUCACUAAAGACCUUAAUAGCUUCACCCAGAUGACUAAAAUGUCUGAUGCUUCAGUGUCUGUCCAGUUAGAGAGAUCCCUGUCAGCUUCAACCCUUCCUGUCAGUGUUCACAACAGGGCCAAUGUGAAAGGAAAGAUCAUUUGGCCAGGCACUGUAAACCUGUUCAACAAUGUGUUCAUCAAGGUCAAGGAUUUUUUUGCCCAGCAACAACCGGUCCUCCUAGACAAUGUGGUUGAGGCCCCCAAACAUGCCGAAUCCAUAUGCAGAACAGCUACUUCUACACAAAUGACUUACAGUGAACAUGAAGGCAGCCAGACCAGCAUGGUAAAUUAUUCCAAAGCCUUAAUUAGUCAGACUCUGAUGACAAUCCAGAGGAGAGUGUCUAUGUCAGAGAGGAUGAGCACCUCAGAGAAAGGCCUCUUGACUCGUUCCAUCGUGGGCUCCAUGUUGGAGGAUGUUGACAUGGUGAGAACUGAUGGACACGAGAUACACCGGCCAUCCUCCUCAAAGUCCUCCCUGUCCAUCACCUCUGCCAUGACCAGAGGGUCCCAGAGUGAUUUUACAAAUUCUCUUCCAGGCACUCCAGUCCCCGAUGAGUGGCCUGUUGAAAUCUAUUGUCCUAUCAUUAGGAGUUCGGUCAUUGAUAUGAGUGACUCCUCAACUCAUUCACAAGGGUCAACAAAUUACACAGGGCAAACCAUCUCUGCCAUAGUUGACACUGUUAUGGAGGUCAUUCCAAGAGAAGAUACGGAACACAUAGCCACUGCAGAUGAUGUCACUUCUUUUACAAGAAGACUUGCGAGACUCAGCCCCAGGGACGGUCUUCAGAACUUCUCACGUGAGCUCACUGACAAAGUUUAUGAGCUCAUAAAAAGUCACAACACCCCCCAGGCUCUUUUUGUGCCAGCUGGCAAGAGCGUGUCUGACUCUAUUCUUUUGAAGCUGAAGACAGGAUUGAAUGCUUCUGAAGAAUCCAGGGAGUUUCCAUCUGACCUUGUACACUCCUUUGCUACGGAGUCAAUAAAACGUCUGCUACAGCAGAUUGUCUUCUGGCUUCCUCCACCAUCACAAGGAUCCGAUUUCUGCCAAACUAUCAUCUCUGAUGAUUCUCUGCAGGAAACAAGUUGGCUUAUGCCGAGCUCUUCUGCCAUCUCCGUUAGUUCCUCACAGGUUUACUUUGACACAAAGAGCCUUUUCACCAAUAUAAUGGUCAAUCAGGUCAUGGAUACCUGUUCUGUGGCCUCCAAUUCAUCAGAAGAAUUAUCAGAGUUGAUGAACAUAAUCAAUGGGUUGUCCCCAACUGAUGCUGGAACACUUGACUCUGACAGACCGGCUCUCAUGACCACUUGCCAUCAGUCUAGUUCCAAAUCAUUGGCUAGACCCUCUCUGUCUGGCAGCAGCACACACAACGGUGGAACUGUGGAUAUUCAAGUUUUAGGAGAGGUGGAAUCCAAGAUUGACAACAAAGAUCUGGAGAUGUCUAGUGUCUCUGUGCAUCCAUCAACUCCAUCAGCCAUGGACUCUGAGACACAUGCAUCAUUUGACUCCACUAGCAAUGACGACACCUCUUUGGUACUUUUACUGAUUGUUAGAUUGCUGUCAAUGAUCACCUCUUUCACAUUACUGGAAUCCUCUGAUAUUGGUGAAACAUCAAGAGUUCUCACAAAGAGGAUUCUGUCUGAGUUCUGUGGCACCUCAGGCCUUGAACCAACUCAAGCCUACCCCCAGAAUCUGAAAAUCAAAAAGGUCAGAGAAGAUGCUCCAGGUUGCAAUGAAGUCAACAGAUUAUGCCUUUGACGAUGCCCUGGUCAAAUCAUUAACGAGGGAACUACUAGCUAAAUGCAAUGAGGCUAGCUCUUCACCUCCCUCCAUGACACAGUUGUCAUCACACAAUGUACUUGGCAGUGACGAGGUAGGUAAUUCUGGGCUUCCAACAACUUGUAGAAAGGAAAAGAAGAGAGGAAGAUUCAGCGCUCUCUGUGGACUCAACCCAAAGGUACAUAUGUCAUCAAAAUACACAUUUUUAAGAUUAUUUUUAUUCAUUACGUACAGUAUGAUGGUAAACACUGAUACCCUUUGUGUGCAAUUUCUCCUACUGUAUAAAUGACUGUUUGUUACCCAGUGUACAAAGAAGGUCAACAAGAAGACCCACUGCACUCCAACACCUUCCCAGAACCAGACCCCUGCCGUCAGUGAAACAGGUAAGUCAAUACACUCAAAUGUGUACUGAACAAAAAUAUAAACGCAACAUGCAACAAUUUCAAAGAUUUUAUUGAGUUACAGUUCAUAUAUGGAAAUCAGUCAAUUGAAAUACGUUCAUUAGGCUCUUAUCUAUG